GCCACUCGGCCUCGGCCUUCACCACUUGGUCGAAUGGGAUGGCAGGCCGAGGGAUGCGGCAGACUACGUGAGACAGAACUUCAGCAGAGCACGGACUUCGGGUACCGAAGUCCAGAGGGUGUUGCGCGGCAAUUCGGCGGCUUCCAGCAGUAGGAACUGCCAUCGCGACGUGAUGAGGCACAUGAAGGCAGCGCCUGGGAAGCCAGAGCCCUACGCUGCCAGCAUUCAGUUUUGGGACCCAGUGAAACAGGAGCCUUAUCAAGAUGACGUGUAUUUCUUGCUUCCCCAUGGGUACGUCGAGGCUACGAUUGAUGACGGUGUGUUCACCAAAGAUCAGUGGGUUGAUUUAUCAUCGCAGCCGAUCCUUGCAGCGAAGAGGGAGGAGUGGUGCAGCAGAAUGGGUAUAGCUAACACUGACGUGGUCGCCUUCGGCCUCUGGGGCGACUUCGCACCGUACUUGACGCGGGACAGCAUCCUGGCCUUGCUGUUCACGUCUCUCGGCGAGUUGCGAUUCGAGCGCUUCUGGUUUGUGGCACUGGGUAAAAGGACAGCUUGUCAGUGUGGAUGCAAGGGGUGGCAUACUUUCGAGGGGAUUUGGAAAGUACUAGUGUGGUCCUUUCGUGUUCACAUGGGGGGACAGUGGCCGAGCAUCAGGCACGACAACCAGCCCUUUAGCGCCAGCACGAGAAUCGGUGACAAAAAACGCAAUGCCAAAUUUGGUCCACUGAAGACAAGAUCCUGCAUGCUCCGAAUGACUGGGGACUGGCAGUGGCUGAAGCAAGGCCUUGGCUUGCAAGGGUGGGGCGACGAUGCUAGUUUGCGAGUUUGCUGGAAGUGCGAUGCCACGACUGAUGACCUUGCCAAUGCUGGUUUGGACGCUCACUGGAGGUCGCUCUCUGUGACUACAGCGUCGUUCCUCGAGCGCAAGCUCGCAGCUGGAGUGAUCAUCUCUGGCGUCUUCAAUCUACCAGGUUUCUUACUGGAAUAUUGCCUGGCCGAUUGGAUGCACACGGUGGACCUGGGCAUCGCCCAGAUUGUGACAGCUUGCAUACUUUGGGAGUUAUUCAAAAUGAUGGGUGGCACCAGGGAGGUCUACUGCUGCCUGCACGAGGGUAAGGGCUGCCCGACGACGCCGGCGGCGCCCAGCACCAUGCCGAUGCCAGUGGUGACGACGGCGAGGAGCACCACAUCUCCGUGCCCGAUUGAUUGCAACGCCGGCUACAACGACCUGGACCCGCUGCAGUGGGUCCGCGGCUGGUCCGGCGAGAAGAAGCUGUAUUGCUGCAAGACGGCGAACCGGGGUUGCCCUUCGGAAUUGCCCCCGCCCUCGGGCCUGCCGCCGUCCAACGCGCCUCCCGAGCCAGACAAGAGCGUCUACGACUGCGACGCGGGCUACCACCACUGCAUGCACUGCCUGGUGCUGUCGUGGUCUCCGGCCAAGAUCGAUCACUGCUGCAAGACCCAGCGCAAGGGUUGCAGGGGCGAGGAGCCAGAGUGUACGCCCGCCGCGGCCCCGGCGGCAGAGCAGUCGCUGCCCAGCCCGGUCCACGGUCAAGCCUGCCGGGCGGGCACUCUUGGCUUGUGCAUACUCCAAGAGACGUUUCCGCGCGGCGCCAUGUCCUUCCGCUACGGGGGACACGGCGGAGGCCUCGGUGGGGGCCUCGGCCGGGGCUACGGGGCGUACGGCGCCAGCGGUGCGUACGGCGCUGCUGGCCCUUACGGCGCCGGCGCCAGCGGUGCGUACGGCGCUGCCGGCCCUUACGGCGCCGGCGCCGGCGGCGCGUACGGUGCCGGCGGCGCGGACUGUGCGACCGCAUGCUGCGCCAGCACCAGCGCCUGCAUGGGCUGCGGCCCCGCCUGCGGCGUGGCCUGCGCCGAGGGUUCGGGCUGCGGCGCCGGCGGCAGCACGAUUCUUAGCUACGUCGGCGCGGGGGGCGACUACGUCCAGGAGACCACCUACCGGUACGUGGGCAUGGGCGCGGGCGAGUUCGGCGUGGUGCGCAUCCCAGGGCGCGGCCCGAGCUGCUGCCUGCUCGUGAUCCCCCUGGGGCUGUGUCUGCUUCUGCUGCCUCUCCUGCUGUUCGCGCUGGCGCCGGGCUCGACGACGACGACGACGACCACCACCACCACCACCACGCCGUUUAUUCCGCCGAGCACGGCGCCGCCCGACACCACCACCACAACCAAGAAGACGACCACCAAGCCGCCGCCCCCGCCCCCGCCGCCCCCCCCGCCGCCCCCCCCGCCGCCCCCGCCGCCCCCGCCGCCUCCGCCCCCGCCGACCACUGAGAAGAAGAUCAACUGCGGCGAGGGCGAUGUCGUGUCCUGGGACGUGCCCAAGAAGGUCUACUGCUGCCUGCACGAGGGUAAGGGCUGCCCGACGACGCCGGCGGCGCCCAGCACCAUGCCGAUGCCAGUUGUGACGACGGCGAGGAGCACCACAUCUCCGUGCCCGAUUGAUUGCAGCCACCAACGCAUGUGCUUCCGCGUAGUGGUGGCGGGCCUGCUCUUCAUGUUCAUCUUUGCCCUCGGGGUCCUGGGCAGGGUGAGGAAGAGCAAGCGAAAUACAUGCAAGGUUAAAUUAAAAGAAGAUGGUGCCGUGGUCCUCACCACGGCAUCCUGUAAAACAGUUCAGGGAGAAGGAGGGGGAGAAGAUGGCGCUGUGGUCGUCACCACGGUGCCCUGCAAGGUCGGGAUGGCGCUGGAGGCCCUGGUCGUGGGCGGGGCGCGCCACUCCUGGAGCAGGCGGGCCACGUUCGUGGGCAGCUUGCGGUACAUCAAGGUCAAGCCGCUGGCGGAGCGGACAGCCCAUAAGAAGGUCCACAAGUGGAAGCGCCGGCUCAAGAGGCGCUCCAAGGGCAUGGAUGACCAGGCCCAUCAUCAAGCAGAUCUUCAUGAUCAAGCUGUCCAUGGAGCAGGGGCUCUGGGACUCCAUGGUUGUGGGGAGUACGCCGAGGUGGAUUUCCACGACUGCGAGGACGGCGGGUGGGAUGGCCCGGAGGGAGCGCUGUGGGAGAUCUACAGCGCCCCGGAGGCCAAGAACACCAAACAGGAGAUCGAGGAGCAUGUCGAUGACACUGCGGACGUCGAUGACACUUUCAACCACCAGCUGAACGUAGGUACGGGCUCCGAGUGCAAGACAGAUGUCAAUGACACUGCGGAUGUCGAUGGCGUUUUCGACCACCAGCUGGACGUAGGUACGGGCUCCGAGGACAUGAUUGAGGUCAAUGACACUACGGAUGCCAAUGACAUUUUCCUCCACCACGGGGCCGUCGACACGAACACCCAGGACAUCGGGAAGGUUACGGAGGAGAUCGGCGACGAGGAGGAGCCAGCCCUGCGAGGCGGAGGAGCGCCGUCGAACUCGAUGGACACGUUCCUCAAGGCGCUGAGCGGCCUCAUGCAGAGCUAUUCCGAAGCGGGUAGUGCAGGAGCGGGGACAACGCCGGCGAGGCCGGGGGGGAGGUGGAGGACGCGCAGACAGCAGCAGAAGCAGGAGGGCCUGGACGAGCUCAUCGCCCGGCUCCGCAAGAUGUUGGACGACGCGGCCAAGGCAAAGUGGACCAUGGAGAGGCUCGUGAAUGGGCUGACCGAGACGGUCGCGCAGGCCAAGCAGAAGCAGGCGCAGCCAGCCGGAGCCCAAGCGCAGCAGGAGCCCCGAGGCAAGGCCGCGGGCAAAGGGAAAGGCCAGGUGCUGCUGGGACCCAAGGCCUUCGAAGCGCUGCUGGAUGCCGAGGACCCGGCGCAGGCGGCGAACAAGGUGAAGGCUAUCGUGGCCAAGCCGGGCCAGGUAAACGAGAUCCUCGACCUCGCGAGGUCUUACGCUAUCACUCACAAGAUCGGCGUGGUCUUUGCCAAGGAGGUGGACGGGGUCAAGAGCCAGCUCAAGUGGCUCCGCGUGGAGGGACAGGCAGGGCGUGGAGAUAAGCUCAAGAGUCUGCACGUUGCCCCGGUAGCUGCGGCCGGACUUCCGCCGGAGCUCGCCGGAGAGACGGUCAAGGCCUCCAAGGGGUCGAAGGCGGCGGAGGACGCGGCUGCCAAGGAGACGACGGUCAUGCGCAUCACCAUGGUGAAGAAGUACAUGACCGACUCGGCGUGGAGGGCGAGCCCGGUUACAUCGCUUCACUCGUUGUGGAAGGCGGACGGCAUCAUCCGCACAUACGGGUAUCGUCUCCACGAGGCGGGCGACGACAUCUGCCGCUCCUGCUUCGCGACGGUGCAGGAGGACAAGGUUCUGGACCUCCUGAGUUCGGGACACAGUGUGUGGCAGAUCCACAACCACACCAUCACGGUGGUGCGCGACACCUGGCAGCAGAAGGGCAUGACCACGAAGAUGAUCAACCCGCGGCCCGGCGUCGUCAGGCAGGACCUCCACGAGCAGGAAAAGGAGCGCAAGGCCAAGGAGAAGGCAGAGGACAAGACCACUCCACCUGAAGUGGGUGAGAAGAGGCCGGGUGAGCAAGGCGGCCAAGCAAAGAAGACGAAAUGCAUCAACGUCUACGGCUACCAGGGCUGGGAUUUGGGCGGGAUGGGCGACUGCCUGUACCGCGCUGCGGCUGCCUCUGCCGCGGCCCUGGAGGGCCGGAAAAAGGAAGACAUCGAAAAGAACAUCGCGUCUCUGGGCAAGAAGAUCCGGGCAGAGACCACGGGCCUCAUCCGCAAACACAGCUUGUUCAAGGGCGUCUGGGUGGCGGAUCCCAACGCGUCGGUUCGCUGGGAAGGCGGGCCCAUCCCCGCCACCUACCAGGAGUGGGUGGACGCAACUGCCCGGGAAGGCCGCUACGCAUGUGAGCAUACGGCGGCGGUGCUGGCCUUGCGGCUUGAAAGACGCCUUGUCGUAUUCUACUGGCACCAAGGCAAAUGGGUGAAGGGCUGGGUGAUCAGUCCACCCGAGGGGGCGGGCAACGCCGCCAUAGAGAAGAAGCGGUCUAAAACAAUGGGCCGUGCGCCAAUACCAGUGGCCCUCAAGGACGAGCACUACGUCGCCCUGCACUUGAAAGACGGGCAGAAGGAGUGGCCGCUGGAGUGGGCCGACCCCCCGGAGGAGGACUUCGCGACGCAGCUGCUCCGAGGAGGCGUGGCCGCCACUGGGUCGUGCUGGGACUCGGUGAGCGUCGCCGCCCACGGUGGCAAACGCCGGCCGCUGGUCAGGGGCAGCGCCGAGUGGGUAGAGCACAAGAAGUAUGUGAAGCGGUCGUACUACCAGAGACAGGGCGGCACCUUCAGCGAGUACAGGGCGCGCCCAAAGACCACCGAGUGGCGCUGUCCAAUCUGUCCAGAUUGGCGCACGUCGGCGAAGACGCCGAAUAUGCUGUAUUACAGGCGGAACAGGCACGUGGACCGGGAGCACCCGGACAAGCCGCGCAGCUUCUUCAACAAGAAGAACGGGACGCUGCCCACCCUCAAGGCCCUGAGCGACGAGGAGUGGCGUGAAGCCUUGCAGCUCCCCAUGGGGCCGCUGCCGAAGAUGGCGUGGACGUGCCAGGACUGCGGGAAGAGCCUCCCCUUCCAGAGCGACAACUCUCGGUCCAUCAUCGACAAGGCUCGCCGUGCCCACCGGGAGGCGGAGCAUGGUGUGAAGUGGCAAACCGCGACAGAGUGGAGAAGGAGGCAACGGGCGGCUGGCAGGAGCUACCUGCCCAACGGCUCCCUGACGCAGAAAACUGGUGGUGCGCCGGGCGGUGUAACCGCGCGACGCCCCGUCUGGACUGUCAACGUUGGCUCAGACACUGGACUUUGGAAGGCCGCCCGGCUGGCAGCUGAGCGGAAUGUGGAGGUGGCAUGCUUCCAGGAAGCCUCACUGUCUGAGAAAGACUUCAAGAGCUUCAGGAAAUCCAUGUUCAAGCACGGCUACAGGGCGCACCACCAGGGUGGCAAUGUGGCGGAGGGCACCGCGCGGCAGAUCCACGGCGUAGUGACCAUUGUCAGCAGGAAGCUUCGCUCCAAACAACUGUGGAGCCGGGGAGGGCCCGAAGGGCAGAUCCUGGCGACGGUCGUGGAGGGCGUGGUGCUGUUCAACACGUACGUGGUCCCCGGCGUCGACGAGGGGGCCAUCAUGAGGGAAAUCAGCGACGUUGUGCAGGUCGACAGGCUGACGUCCUGGAUGGCCAUCGGGGAUUGGAACCAGUUGCCAACGCAGGUGCUGGUCCCGCGCGCCUGGUGCUGCAUUGAAGCGGUCAAGGAUAAGAACGGCGACUACCUCCCUACGCGCUGGAGGGGCCACCGGUGCAUCGACUACGGGGUGAGCUGGGCCAUGGCGAUCACGGGCCACGAGCUGAUCGAGGACGCGAUCAGCGACCACAUCGUCGUGCAGAUGCUUGUCGACUUCCGCAUGGAGGGCGAGGAGGUAGAGGAGUGGCGCUUGGCGAAGCACCGCGGGGUCGCCAUGCCGCCGGCCUCGAGCAAGGAAGAGUGGGUGGACAUCACGAGCAGGCUGUGGGACAACACGCAGGGUUAUUCCCACGUGCAGAGCGGCAUGAAUGCGGCCGCAGAUGGCGUCGAACCAGGGUCCUGCGAGGCCCGCCGCCUGGUUGACCAGAAGUGGGCGGAACUCAGCCACGCCGUGGAGACCUGCAUGGCCCAAGCUCGCGCCAUGCUCACAGACACAGAGUGGGAUUGCGCCGCUGAGGACCCGGAGAGAGCCGGUUCGGACGGUCGCAAAAAGCUGCAGAAAAACGAGGUCCAGCUCGAGCGGGUGCGGCACGGACGCGCCGCGAGCUGCCUGGAAGCCACCUUCCGGGGGCGCCAGCUCGCCAACGCCCUCGCUCGGCUACGGCGCCUCGACUACCUGCAACAGCGCGGCGCCGGCAGGGAGGCAGAGGCAAGGCGACUCCGAGAGAAGGCGAAGCGGUACCUCGAGCAGACCGGGGACACCGCCUUGGCUCAGAUCCACGCUGUGCAGGACAAGAUCGUGGAGCUCGAGGGCCUGCUGCGCUCCGAGAGGGACCGGGCCAAGGAGCAGAGGCUCGUGAGGUGGCGGGAAAGCCUCAGGACAUCCCGCCGGAAGGCCCACAGCUGGCUCCGGGGGCACAUCCCGCCAGACACCAUGAUCUACGAGCAGGACAGGGAGGAGGCACCGGCGCAGUCCAUGCCGGAGUCGCUGGGAUUUCUGAUCAACCGCUGGCGCAAGGUGUGGGACCGGGAGCUGCCUCCCGAAGCGGCAUGGCGAGCCAAGGUGGCGGAGUGGGGCCCGCGGCACCAGGAGGAGGUGUGGGCGCCGCUCGAGAAGGAAGACGUGCGGACUGCACAGGACAAGAUCCGUGGAAGCAGCGCAGGCCCUGACGGGUGGACCGGCGAGGAGGUGGCGGACGCGAUCUUUGCCACAGAGGCUGUCGCUGAGUUCUUCAAUCUCUGCGAGACAGUGGCCGCCUUCCCAUCUGGGUGGCAGAGAGUGCGCCAAGCGCAUUUGCCCAAAGAAGAUGUGGCCGAGGGCAAGGCACUGCCGGCCGAAGCUGUCCGACCCAUCUCGGUGAGCAGCUGCUGGUAUCGGCUGUGGGCAGGGAGCCGGCUCCACAGCGCGGCCAGCAGGCAAUGGCAGCGGCGGUGGUGGCCAGAGCGUGCCUUCGGCGCCAAAAGGGGCGCUUCUGUGAACGACGCUGUCCAAAGUAUUAUCGUUGCAAUGGAACAGGGCGAAUACGCCACAUCUUGGGAUUUUUCUCUCUGCUUCGACACAGUGCAGCCCGCGUGCGCCGCGGUCGCGCUGCAGCAGGCGGGCAUGCCGAAGGCCAUCGUGGCGAUGCUGACCCAGCAAUGGGAAAACCAGGAGCGCUACAUGCAACUCGCCGGGAUCACGCACCCGCAGGCGCAGGAAGUGCGCACUUCCCUCCCCCAGGGGGAUCCGUGGAGCCCGCUGGCGCUCACAUGUCUGCUCGCCGGGCCGCUGCGGGAGCUGGAGGAGAGGGUGCCCAACGUCACCACUACCGUCUUCGUCGACGACAGGACGUGGACAGCGCGCCGCCUGGAGGACCUCCUGGCCGCGGCGCAGCUUUGGCGAGCCUGGAGCGCUGCUCUGGGGCUCAAGGAAAACGCCCUGAAGGAGCAGUGGAGCCACCGAGACCCUGCUGGCCGCCGGAAUCUUCAGAAACAUGUCUCGCCAGACGCCGUGGCGGACAAGCUGGAGGUGUUGGGCAUGAAGAUCACGGGAGGGAAAAGGAGGAAGAAGUGCCGCAAGGAGAUAAAGAGGCUCGAAAAGGCCUCCCAGCAGACGGCCAAGGCAACACUUCUGCCACUCCCGCCGAGAGAAAGGAAGCAGGUGGUGGAAGCCGGGCCUCUCGCUUCUGCUCAGUACGGCUGGGUUUGCGACACGCCGAACAUCCAGGCCACCAAUCAGAUUCAAAGCCGCGUGCACAGAGCUAUCGAUUUUCCGAUUCACGCGCCGCGGCCCUUGAAGUUGUUGAUUUUGGGACAUCGCUCUGACGUGCGGUACAGGUGCCAGCAAGAGGCCAUUCUUGGAGUAGUUCGCGCCAUUGCUAAGGGCCUGGCAGGGAACGACCCCACAGGGGAGCUGUCGUGGAAGGAGACCACGGGCUGGUCAGGCGUACUGACAAAGCACUUGGCGUGGACAGGCUGGCGGUGCGUGGACGAGUGGGUGUGGAACCACCACGGAACAGAGAAGACCAUCACGCUCCGGCGAGACCACCCUGAGUGGCGAGAGCCGGGACAGGUGGCGCACCUGCUUCGGGAAGCCUGGCGUUUCUCCAAUUUCCAGGAGCUCAUGAAAGGGAGCCGGCGGGCUACGGUGGCGUGCGACGACGCCGAGUACGAUCCGCGCAGGUACAAGCGCAUGCUCAAGCUUGUGGAAGAGAUACCAGCAGCUGCGAGAGUCUUCGCCGGCGCGGUGGUGAGCCCAGCACACUACCACAGGGGCGACCUGGUUCUCGGCCGGUGUCCGUGGUGCACUGUCGAGAUGGGCACCUGGGAACACGUGGCGUGGGAGUGCGGGAGCAGCUGCUUCCGGCACCGUCCGCGCCAGCGACCCCAUGAUGGUUUGCAACGCCGGCUUUUGUGGCCGACGGCGUUGGGCGACAGGAAAGAGGUCGACCGGCAGCUCGUGGAGUGGGCUGUUUUCGUCGACCGCGUCAUCAGGGACCACAGGUACGACGACGACGGGCGCGUGCCCCGGGCAGCCCGGCCUCCCUUGUCACCUCGACGGCACGGCUUCGACAUCAACAGGUGCAGCCCGAUUGAUUGCAACGCCGGCUACAACGACUUGGACCCGCUGCAGUGGGUCCGCGGCUGGUCCGGCGAGAAGAAGCUGUAUUGCUGCAAGACGGCGAACAGGGGUUGCCCCUCGGAAUUGCCCCCGCCCUCGGGCCUGCCACCGUCCAACGCGCCCCCCGAGCCAGACAAGAGCGUCUACGACUGCGACGCGGGCUACCACCACUGCAUGCACUGCCUGGUGCUGUCGUGGUCUCCGGCCAAGAUCGAUUACUGCUGCAAGACCCAGCACAAGGGUUGCAGGGGCGAGGAGCCAGAGUGA